AAUAAAUUUUACUUUAAUAAGCUAGUACGUUUGAGUUGUUAUUAAAAAUGUUAAAAACAAAUUUUUUUUUAUGAAUAUGUGUUUCUUAAUAUUUUUAUGAACACAAUUUUAUUCAAAAAAAAUCGGUAAACAUGAAGGUUUAAUGGAUGUAUUUAGUCCUUAUUGCCUGUAAACCAUACCUUUUACAAAAAAUAGAAACCCUGCAAAAUUGACAACAACACACUGUCAAUAGCAAAAGCGUCGAAUAAAAGCCAUUGCAGAUAACCGUUAAUGGAACCGCUUGUCAAAUUUAAGAAUUCACAUUUUUAUAUAAAUAUGUUCAUAAGCGGAAUUUAGAAAUGCGAUAUUUAAAAAAUAUAUGUAAAUAAAACUGGUGGACGGGAAAUGGAAAGUAAUAAAUCACCAAACACGUUCGGUUGUGGUUAUUCUAACUUCUUUUGUCAUUCACCGGUUAUUCCUCUAACUAAUUAUGGAGUUGAUGUUACCUUGCCAGAAAUGGGAACUACAACUUUGGAUGUACCCAUGUUCCCUCAAUUAUCAAAUCCCAUCGAAUCGUUUGCUAACCAGCGCACUGAAAUAUCACACUGGUUAUGUGAUUACUCGGACGACAUAUUCCAAACAUUACGUGAGACUGAGUUACGACGAAUUGUUUUGGGAUUUCAAUCAAAGCAAUGCACUUUCAGAGAAGAAAUGUUGCGGUUGUUAAAGGUGGCUGCGGAACUGCAUACACUCUCCCGUACAACUUUACAUUUAGCGCUUUACUUGCUUGAUGGGUUUAUGGAUAACUAUACUAUUCGAAGCGAAAAAUUAAAUCUAACAGCAUUAACGUGCUUAAUUAUUGCUGCUAAAAUUGAAGAAGCUGAUGUUAAUGCACCUAAAUUUGUUGACCUGAAUAAGCUUGUUGGAGAUAUAUAUACUUUGGAGGAGUUUCGUCAAGCUGAAAUGAAAGUUUUAAUGUUGUUUCACUUUGAUUUGAUCCGACCCACUGUGGCUACAUUUGCGGAAUACUUCGCAAGCCACAUAAUUACACUCGACGAUUACCAUCUUUAUUUACAUAAUUGGCAUGGGGGUUUAUUUAAAUACUCCGCUCUAAACACGCCAAUGGAAUUAUGGAGUCAUACAUCAACUGACAUAAUUCCACCAUUUUACCGGACUUAUAAAGAAAUGGCUACGGAAUUAAGCAAGUUAUUGUUUAAUCUUGUAGAUGAGUCUUUGAGUUGUAUCAAGUUUGUGAAUGCUCGUCCUUCGAUAGUAGCUGCUUCCUGCAUUGCUGCAGUGCGGCAUCUCUCAUUUAUACGGCCUACAUGGACACCCUACCUUGUAAAGAUAACCGCAUGUCCGGUAGAAGUAAUUACACCCUGUAUGAAUGCUAUAAUUGCAUUAUAUAAUUUACAUAUAAGUAAAGUGCAAGCAAUGUUUUACGCUGCGGCUAAAAUAUCAAACAGUGGAGGAGCUGUUUGCGAUAGUCCAGAGUCUGGUUUUGUAUCUAUAUGCGAUACGAAAUCUGAAUCAUCGGAAAAUGAAAGUAAUAUCGAUGUUGAAGAAAUUGAUAACUGUUCACUACUACUGGGUAAGAGGAGACAUUCAACAAAUCUUAAUGAGAAUAUUGUCGAAGAGCAAGGUUUGUGUGCAAACGCCCAAUAUUCUAUUCUAAUAAAACGCAGAAAAAAAUUGUGAAACGGAGGAGGCAUUAAAUUUGUAUACCAAUUGUCUGCAGUAGUACUUCUUACUAAGAUACCAAUUUAAUUUCGAUUAAUUUGCAAAUAUUCUUACAUAUAUCGAAUAUUCUUGUUUUGUUAGUUUAACAUAUUUGGUCGUUACUGCAAUGUGCAGUAUAGAUCUCUAGUUUGUAAUCCAAGUAUAUUUCAAUAAAUUAAACAAGAGUGAAAAAUAAGGUGUAUGCAUACAUACUUGUAAUACAUACUUGUAAUAGUUUAAAGAUUUUUACAUUUUCGUCUAAAGAUUGCAUAUAUCUAAACUUGAUUACUUAUUCCUGAGCCAACAUAUUAGGGAAAGUGCAGGGGGUUUGCAAACUGAAAGUAGUGUGUUCUUAUUUUGUUAGACAAACUUAAGAUCAAUAAACGAAUUUUCAUUUAUAUAA